UGUUUAAGGGCCGAUGCACCUCUUUUGUAUACAGUCUAUGUGAUGCACACAUACUUCGAGUCAGCUGCAUUACUUGACUAUUUUCAUGAAGCCUCUAUGUUAAUAAAUGAGAGCUUACACACACCCUAUAAUCACCUCUACAUGUUUAUAAUUUCGCGCUAGUGCCUGAAAUUACGAUGUAAAAUUAGGACGGGACUUUUAUUUUGAAAAUGAAAUGACUUUUAUUGUGUAAUCCCGCCAUUUCCGUGCCCGUCUUCCUGUUAGCUGCUGAAAAUAUCGGCAGGUACUUUCCACACCUCUACCGGCACGAGGGUUUGUGUGGCCACAUGCUGAUGAGAAAAGAGAAGACAAGGCAAGACAUGUCAUGAUAUGCUGUAUGUGUGCGUCCUUUUUUUUCUGUAAACCUUACAGAAAAAUACAUGUCAAGCCUAAAGUUUGUUCACUGAUGGUGACAACACGGAGCUUCAGUAGCCGAAUGAAUGCUAAUGAGCUAACGCUUAUUCUACAUUAAGAUACAUAAACUCUGGAUUCUGACUUUAUUUAGCAAUGGAACUGUAUGUUUUCCUUCUUAAAGUGUUUUCCAGCGAAACUGAGAUGGGACAGAUUCAGCAAGUUACUGGUUUGAUGGAGCACUGCUGAAGGGAAGCCUGAGCGCAUGCGUCAAUAUGGCCCAGACAUUAAUAAAGGUCCAACGAGACUCUAAGAAGAAGUAUGUGAAGUUAGAGGACCUUUGCUUCUCUGAUUUUCUUAGUGCUGUCCGGGAGAAAUUCCUGAUACCAGAGGACAUAAUAAUACAAGUCACAGAUGACCAAGGUGUAGAGGUGGAUGAGGAUGUAUUUCCUGAACUUGCUGCUAAAGAAAUGUGUUUUGUCAUCUCCACUGAUGAUGAACUGCCAUUGGCUGAAUCCUCCAGGACCUGUAGUGACCUUUCAGACGAGAUAGUAUAUGUGACUCUUGAUCUUGGUGGUGUGCCACAACCAAGUGAAGUGCUAUCUUCUCCACUGGGAGACACUGGUAGUCUGACGGAUACUCUGUCCGUCUCCGGAAGUCUUAGCAGUGAAGCAAGUGAUCCAGGAUGUGAAGGGAGUCUACGAUUGAACAGAAACGUUGCAAGAAAAGCCGUGGAUCAAAUUCUGACCUCAAAGCCAGCAGGAAUGACAGUGAUUAAAGAGUAUGAAGACACUGGGAGUUUAAAAGACUCCACCAGGCGAUUAAUGGUGAACGUCAUUGUAGCACACAUGCGUGAAAAAGAAGGAUGUCAUGUUAGUAAAGCAACAAAGGAGUUCCAUGCCCUUGGGAUUGUGUCAAGGUUUCCGGCAUUAAAAGACCCAUACUCAAACAAGGGAUAUGAACAUUUUUACGACUGUCGGAGCAACAAAGGCUUUCUUGAGUGGAGACUAAAGACUGUGCAACGUCAGUCCAGAACAGCCUUCCCCGUCAAGAAAGUGGUGCUUCAAGGAGGUCCAACAUCAUCGAGAUCCACUGUGGUUACCACAGGUGAACAGCAAAUGGGAGAUGAAUAUAUGGAAGCAAUAUCUCUUCUUCAGCACACAACAGAUCGUGACACAGUCUUCCAGAAGAUGAGAGAGACCUUCCAGUACCGUCAGCAAAUUCUGCAUGAUCCGCAGCACUCAGCUGAUCUUCUGCAAAUAUUUCCUCGCUUCUUGGACACUAAAGGACUGAUUUUACAAGAUUUCUCCUUGCUGUUUGGAGAAGAGGCCGCAACAAGGUUCCUGCAAAAGUGGAACACCAACUUCAAAGACAAGGUCAUCCAAGAGGCCAGGAAUCUAAGGGAGAGCACGCUUCUGAAACAACACCUCACAUCUGCUCUGAAUGAAGGACCAAACAUCGGUGAUGAUCCAGGUAUACCAUGA